AUCCAUCGUAAUCUUCUUAUCACGUAAAUAUUGACGAUUGCAACCUCAGUAGAUAGGGCCCAUGGCUUACCGCCACAGUUCCUAUCUGCUUGCCGAAGACCUCACUACCCCGGUUCCCUUUCUCUUAAAGCCCAACUAAUGCCGCAGACAACGCACGAUCCGAGUACCACAUGAGUCUACUACAGACAUCUCGUGGGAAAGUCGACAACGUUCAUCUGCUUUGACGUCGACACACAAACAAUGCACACGCAUUGACCGAGUUUCGCCACCUUCCGCAAUAGUGUGCACCUCUAGCUCACUAAUCCAAAUCAGGAGCUCUCCGAAGCUUCAACUAUCCCAAUCUGGACAGAAGCCCGCGUCGCAGCUUCGCCUCACAGCUCUUUGCGCAAAACGAGAAACGAUGCACGCAUUCUCACUCUCUUUGAGCCUGCUCAAGGCACCGCUCGGUCUUGUAGCCCUGUUACUGGUCGCCUCAGCAGUGGGACAUGGCGAUGGUGAUCUUCAACGGUACAUGACCUUGGAAACAUGUCCGCCGCUGAAGAUUGUCAAUGGUAUCAACUUCACAACUCGAGCGUACUGUAUGCGUCAGGCCAACCUGGCUCUGCCCAACCCGUGCCCGUUCGCGGCCUUUGGCUCAGUGAUUGUGAACCACACUACCGGCGGCUUGGGGGAGCUGGUUUGCACCGGCGCCAACAAUAAUGCUGGCACAGGGAACCCGACUCUGCAUGGGGAGAUGGCGGCCAUUGACAACUGCUCGGCAAUCUUUGUAGAUCCCCAGGGUCCAUACCGGAUGACGCCGGCCCAGGCCCUGGCCGCCUUUGCCAACCUGACCAUCUACACCAACGCCGAGAGCUGCCCCAUGUGCGCAUCGGCGGUGCGCUGGGCUGGCUUCAGGGAAUACAUUUUUGGCACAAGCAUCGAGACCCUCACGGAGGAGGGAUGGGGCCAGAUCCAAAUCACGUCCAGGGACGUCUUCCGGCAGUCCUCGGGCUUACCCCGCCGAACAAGGUUGCUUGGUCCGGUCUUAACGAACGAGACGGACCCCUUCUUCAGUUGGCAGUUUAAUGCGGGUGCGCCCUGUCCGCAGGGCUGCUCUCGGGGCGGAAGCGCGGGCGGUUGUCUUCCUGCAUGAUGGGGUCGAGGUGCGCUCGGCUUGGGUGGAAUUAGGUUGUAGUUGUAUUCUCAGGAGCCCCUCCAACUGAAGCAGCGUCAACGGACUUGUUGUAAGAGGAUCUUGUGGUCUAUUGGUUUCACGUUGUUCGCAAUCUUCAGCAAUUGCGUGUCGCUUGCUCUAAUUGGCUUUCUCCUUUAUUCUUGACAUUUGAUGUCUGAGCCGAGCUUCAUUACCGAAAUUGUGAGGAUGGAUAGAUCGACAAUAUGCUUGAUGCAAGAGUAUCAUUGUGAGAAGUAUGCACUCAGGAGCGGAAGUCAAUUUUUAGUAAAACGCAGCGAAACGUAAGCCGUGAAAUAUCCGCACAUGCAGAGACAAAAAUCAAAAGAUGAGUAUUCCAUUUAGG